AUGGCGGUCAUCGAAGACUAUUGGAAUUAUCGUGUGGAUAUAAACAGUCUAAAGAAUAAAAACUAUCCUGAGUUUGAAUCGCGGGUGUACUCUGUACGGGACGACAUUCUAAACAGAAACUGUUUUAAGAUCCAAAAAUUUAGUCACAACAACGUGCACAGUCACGAAGAAGAGCUGAAAUCUUUAUUGGAAGAAAAUAAACAAUUACGAGAUGAGAUAGACUCCUUGCAAGAGACGCUUGCUAAACAAAAAACUCAAUAUGAAACCUAUAAAAAAGAUCAAAAACUCCUAGCUAAGGAAAUAAAGGACACCCAUGAAGCAUUUUUAAUGGCAAAGAAAUAUUACAAAAAGUAUCUGAAGAUAUAUUAUACAAUUGAAGCCAGAAAAGGAGAUAAGCAGACAAUAUUUGUGCAGUUCUUUACAGAAGUUAAAAAAGAUUCAGAUGUGUAUUCAAUGAGGUUACUAUGCGACACCAAAACAGGAGUUUGUGAGUUGUUGGAGACAAAGCCUAAAUUAGCAACGAUUAUGGAGCUCAAUAAAACAUUACAAGAAACUAAAGACCUUCCUGGUACUCUUUAUUCUAUUCGGCAUUCAUUUAUUAAAAUUAAGGCAAAAAAAAAUGAUGAAUAACAUGCAUGUAUGCAAGAAAUAUAGUUUAUAUUAAGUUCUCAUACAGACUAAAACAGAGCCUUGUUUAAAGGAAUGAUCUGAUUUGUUUAAAGAGACCAAAAUGUAAUUAAUUUAACUGAAAUAAGACAUACAUUUAAAAUAUAGAAAUAUUUAUUUAAACAUUUAAAAUACUUUAGUAUAUAAAACUACAUUAUUACAGCAACAAACUUAGGAUACAAUUCCAUAUUGAGGUAAGACACUGGCAUUUUGCGCCACACGACAUUUUAAAUAAUAUUAAUUGUAAUUCAUAUCAUAGAUGGAUUGGUUCUUACUAUUAUCCUAUAAUGAGCACAUUCCACUUUUGCAUUUGUUUAUUGUUUCAAAUAAUUUCAGAUUAGUUUAAUGCCUUCAAAUAGUGGCAACAACAAAAUCUCAUCUCAAUCUUUUGGUUUAUGACGUGUUCUGUAACAAUAUCCAUUCCACUUUACAAUAUUAAAGUGGAAUAGGAUAUACAGAGCUGACCACCACUUCAAACUAAAAAUUACUAUAGAAAAGACAUAAGUUAUGGAUUCUGUCCAAAGUGGAAUGUUACAAUCCCAACUCCCAAGUAACAUGGAGUCUCAUGUACCAAUGCAAUAAAAAAUUAUCUCAGUAACCUAACUGUAAUUUUUUACAGAUAUGUUACAAUUUGUACCUCACUCUUUCAUUGCACCUUAAAAUAUUAAACCUCAAAAAUAUAAUGUUUCAUUUUGUGCAAAACUUAGAAGUUAAAUGUUAAUUAAAUUAAUGUUAAAUAUUGGUAUGAAUUUAGAACAUUGAAUUUGUAACAAAAGUCUGCACGUAUUUCAAAGGA